AUGUAUAGAUCAAGUGUCCCCCUGGGUCUACCCUCAAGCACUCUGGAGAAACCUGUCCACUGUCUCCUGGGUCUCUCCUCAACCACUAUGGAGAAACCUGUCCACUGUCCCCUGUCUCCUGGGUCUCCCAUCAACCACUGUGGAGAAACCUGUCCCCUGUCCCCUGGGUGUGUGUCCCUUCUACUCCCUCCUCCUCAGUCCAGAGAACCCCAGACCACAGUGAUCCACAACCCAAUAGAUGGGAACAAGGAGUCUAUAGAGAGCGCAAACACCAUCAUCGAGGACGACGAUGUCAAAGUCCUCUGUUUUGGGAACUUGGUGGGUAAUGUGUGGAGCUCUAAGGGUCGUUCCACCCAGUCCUCUGAGCCCAGGCGGAAUCCCUCCUCUUCAGGACAGACUCGGAAGCAGGAAAUUAUCAAAGUCACAGAGCUGCUGAUCGAAUCCAUCAACAACGGAGACUUCGAGGCCUACGCGAAGAUCUGUGAUCCGGGUCUGACGGCGUUUGAGCCAGAAGCUCUGGGGAACCUGGUGGAGGGACAUGACUUCCAUCGCUUCUACUUCCACAACGCCCUGUCUAAAGGUAACAAGCCAGUGCACACCAUCCUCCUCAACCCUCACGUCCAUCUGAUUGGUGAGAACGCUGCAUGCAUCGCCUACAUCCGUCUGAGCCAGUAUAUGGACGGCGGGGGGAUGCCUCGCACCAUGCAGUCGGAGGAGACCCGCGUCUGGUGUCGCAGAGAGGGAAAGUGGCAGAACAUUCACUACCACCGCUCCGGCUCGCCCAGUGUACCAUCCCAUUAAUGGAAUAUCAAGCUUCAGUCUAAACUCCAAGACAGGCACCAAUCAACUAGCCAACCCC